AUGUUGUACGACCUUAAAGAGGCAAACAAUAAAACUGUUGAAACUUACACUCGUGUGGUCUCUGAGUCAGGGUCUAGUAAUAAGAAGGACUACGGGAUUAGAAAGCGCAAAUUUAAGAACAAAAAACACACAGAAAGACGAAAGAAAACCCGCAAAGAUAUUAGAGCUAUGAAAACAGAAUCCAAUAGAAAAUACAUAAAGAACCUCUCCAAUCUUGAACUUACAAAUGAUCAGAUAAAUCUGCUCUCUCGUGGAUUAAAAUUUGUCCCUACGCCUACAACAAACGAAACCGCAUUAAGAAAACAACUCCUUACAGACUUCAAAGAUUUUGCUAGGAGAAUGCGGCUCCAGUUUAUAUAUCACGGCAAGGACAAAAACAUCCACCCCUUCUACGUUAAGUCAAACUGGGAACCACCAGUUCAGCAGUCUGUCACCCUAGAGAGCUAUCUAGAAGAAAUUAAAAUACAACUUGCGCACACACCGAUAACCAAAGCUAUACCCAACCUACCGCUAAAUGAGAGAAAAGCUAUCACAGAGCUGAAAAACAACUCUGAAAUAAACGUCAAGAAAGCGGAUAAAGGUACUACCACAGUCAUAAUGAACAAACUAGAUAAAACACAAGAGGGGCAGACCCUACUAGACGAUGGAAACAACUACACACCCCUCGAAGACCCCAUGGCAAGGGCAACUUUCCAAAAAGUGAAACAAAUAGUCGAAGAACUACAUCAGGGAAGUUUUAUUGACGAAAUGACUGUUAAAUGGUUAUCACAGACACCAAAUCCACCCAGAAUACCUGUCUUCUACACUCUCACAAAAAUUCAUAAGCCAACUCCUGUUGGCCGACCUAUAGUGGCAGGAAACGACGGACCCACCGAACGAAUAUCAUCAUUUGUUGAUAGCCUACUUCAGCCUAUAGCUAAGUCACAAAAGUCCUAUCUUAAGGACACAACUGACUUUGUUAACUUCAUAGAAAGGAGAAACCUCCCAGAGGACGUUUUCCUAGUCUCCUUAGACGUUGCUAGCCUGUACACAAAUAUCCCACAGGAAGAGGGAAUAAACACAGUAUGCAAAGCAUACCAGACUUUCUACGGGGAAAACACCCCUAUCCCCACCCAAUCCCUCAGAAAAAUCCUUGAACUUAUUCUUCAAGAGAACUCAUUUGAAUUCAACGGCAAAAACUAUCUCCAAACACACGGAACCGCAAUGGGUACAAAGAUGGCAGUCGCCUUUGCCAACAUUUUUAUGUCGGCGGUAGAGACAGAAAUACUGAACCUCAGCAAAACUAAACCUCUUGAGUGGAAAAGAUACAUUGACGAUAUUUUCUCAUUGUGGAGAACUGAUAGAAAGGAGAUAGAUGAAUUCAUUGCUCUUGCAAACAGGCAUCACCCUUCAAUUAAAUUUACGGCUGAAUUAUCUGAUAAAGAGAUUAACUUUCUGGAUACAACUGUU